AUGACGGACACGAGUACUGUGGAAUGCGCGGAAGAUGCCAACAAUCCAAAUGAAUUGCCCCGAACGCAUCCUCACAGUACUUUGGAUUCGCAUCGUACUCUUUGGAUGGGCGACCUUCAACCACAAUGGGAUGCGCAGUUUAUUCUGGCGGCUUUCAAGGAACUUGGACAUGAGCCAUCAACCGUGAAAAUGGUUACUGAUAAGCAAACUGGUGUGAAUUGUGCCUAUUGCUUUGUGGAGUUCAAUACAGCAGAUGAAGCACGGGAUGCGAUGCUGAGAGCGAAUGGCCACAAGAUUGCGAAUAGUGAACCACGAUCGCGGUUCAACCUCUCAUUUGCGAAUGACCCACGAGUGCCGUCAAUAGAAUUCAACCUAUUUGCUAACAACAUCCAUCCUGACCUUGACGAUGCCGCUCUCUACCAAGUGUUUGGAGCACGAUACCGUUCAUGUCGCGGAGCUAAGGUGUACCGCAAUCGUGAUGGAUCAUCAAGAUGUCUUGGAUUCAUUCGAUUUGGCGAUCAGACUGAACAACAGAUGGCUUUGGUCGAAAUGAAUAAAACAAUCGUGCGAGGUCGUGAGAUUAUUCUCAAGCUUGCGGCAGCUAAGCAACGAUUGCCACGACAUCAGAUUCGAGACGGGAUUCAGCCACAGUUGGUUGCGGAUCCAUCGGUUGCGCCCACUUAUAAUCAGAUGGCUGCAUAUCAGCCGGCUCAACAGCAACCACAAGUGGCUUAUACCUAUGCUCAACCGCAAACAGCACUGGUACCACAACCUUCUGAAUUAGUCUAUCCGUAUAAUCCGACUGCUGAAGAGGCAAAUGCUGAACUCAUUGCUAAUGGUGACGCCUGGUGGGAGGAAUUAGAGGAGAGCAGGUGGUCGGCUUGUAUUGUGGACCCGUCAUGGACCGAGCGUGAUCUCUGUCUGCGACUGAAUGAUAACAAGUGGUGA